AUUUCACUCACACUAGCCUUUCUGGCUUUAGGAGCUGAAGACUCUUCCCAGGCACUUUCAGGUGGACAGAAUUAAGGCUUUGGAACCAGUAUUUUCUCAUCACAGAAGCAACUUUAAAAUGCCUGCGAAGAUGGCCAUGAUCUUUGGAGCUUCAAAUAUACUUUGGAUGAUGUUUGCAGCCUCUCAGGCUUUUACAAUUGAGACCUCCCCGGAAUCCAGGGUUCUUGCUCAGAUAGGUGACUCCAUCUCACUGACUUGCAGCACCGCAGGCUGUGAGUCUCCGUCUUUCUCCUGGAGAACGCAGAUAGAUAGUCCAUUAAAUGCCAAGGUGAGGAACGAAGGCGCCAAGUCCACGCUGACCAUUGAUCCAGUUAGUUUUGAGAACGAGCACUCCUAUCUGUGCACAGCAACCUGCGGAUCCAGGAAAGAGGAAAAGGAAAUACAGGUGGACGUCUACUCUUUCCCUAAAGAUCCAGAGAUUCAUUUCGGUGGCCUUCUGGAGGUCGGAAAGCCCAUCACAGUCAAGUGUCUGGUCCCUGAUGUGUACCCAUUUGACAGGCUGGAGAUGGAGUUACUGAAAGGUGACUCCCAUAUGAAGACUCAGGAAUUUCUGGAAGAUAUGGACAAGAAGUCCUUGGAAACCAAGAGUCUCGAAGUAACCUUUACUUCUACCAUUGAAGAUAUUGGAAAAGCAUUCAUUUGCCGAGCCAAAUUACACAUUACUGAAACUGAUUCUGAAGAAUCAAGUCCCAAAGAAAGGGAGACUAACAAAGAACUGCAAGUCUACAUCUCACCCAAGAACACAGCUGUCUCUGUGCACCCCUCCACAAGGCUCUUAGAGGGUGACUCUGUGACUAUGACAUGUUCCAGUGAGGGUCUACCAACUCCUGAGAUUGUCUGGAGCAAGAAAUUAGACAACGGGAAUCUACAGCUUCUUUCGGGGAAUGCAACUCUUACAUUAAUUGCCAUGAAAAUGGAAGAUUCUGGAACUUAUGUCUGUGAAGGAGUCAAUCAGAUUGGGAGAAACAGAAAAGAGGUGGAAUUAAUUGUUCAAGAGAAACCAUUUACUGUUGAUGUCUUCCCUGGACACCAGGUUGCUGCUCAGCUUGGGGACUCCCUUGUGUUGACAUGUAGUGUCACAGAUUGUGAGUCUCCAUCUUUCUCUUGGAGAACCCAGGGGGACGGCCCUCUGAGUGGGAUGGUGCGGAGUGAGAGGACUGAGUCCACGGUGACCUUGAGCUCUGUAAGCUUUGAGAGUGAGGAUCAGUACCUGUGCACUGUGAUGUGUGGACAGAGGAAAGUGGAAAAGGAAAUCCAGGUGGAGCUCUACUCAUUCCCUCAAGACCCAGAAAUUGAGAUGAGUGGUUUACUAGUGAGUGGGGACCCGGUCACUGUAAGCUGCAAGGUUCCUUUUGUGUACCCUUUUGACCACUUGGAGAUUGAAAUACAUAAAGGAGAAACUCUUAUGGUGAAUAAACACUUUUCAGAGAAAAUGGACAUAAAAUCCCUAAAGAACAAAAGUUUGGAAAUCACCUUCACGCCCACCAACGAAGAUAUUGGAAAAGUGCUUGUUUGUCAAGCUAAGUUACAUAUUGGUGCAAUGGAAUCUGAACCCAAACAAAGGCAGAGUACACAGACACUUUAUGUCAAUGUUGCCCCCACAGAUAUGACUGUCUUGGUCAACCCCUCCUCUAUCUUAGAGGAAGGCAGCUCUGUGAAUAUGACGUGCACUAGUAGUGGCCUUCCAGCUCCAAAAAUCCAGUGGAGCAGACAGCUCAGUAAUGGAGAUCUACAGCCUCUUUCUGAGAACGCCACACUCACCUUAAUUUCCACAAAAAUGGAAGAUUCCGGCAUUUAUGUGUGUGAAGGGAUUAACCAGGCUGGAAUAAGCAGAAAAAAAGUUGAACUAACUAUCCAAGUCACUCCAAAAGACAUACAACUUACAGCCUUUCCUUCCAAGAGUGUCAAAGAAGGAGACAUGGUUGUUAUCUCUUGUACAUGUGAAAAUGUUCCAGAAACUUGGAUAAUCCUGAAGAAAAAAACAGAGACAGGAGACACAGUGCUAAAGUCUAUAGAUGGUGCAUACACCAUUCACAAGGUGCAGCUGGAGGACGCAGGAGUGUAUGAAUGUGAAUCUAAAAAUAAAGUUGGCUCAGAAUUAAGAAGUCUGACGCUGGAUGUUAAAGGAAGAGAAAAUAACAAGGACUAUUUUUCUCCUGAACUUCUCGUUCUCUACUGUACAUUCUCCUUAAUAAUACCUGCUGCUGGGAUGAUCAUUUACUUUGCAAGAAAAGCCAACAUGAAAGGAUCAUACAGCCUGGUAGAAGCACAGAAAUCAAAAGUGUAGCUAACAUUUGAAAUGUUCAACCAGAGACACUAUUUAUAAAUCCAAUAAUACUGCUCGUCAUUCCACAAGAAAAGCAAUGAGCUGAGUUCAGACUUCUCAGAACGUAUGAAAAACAAAAAGGAAGGGCCACUUGUGCCUCUUUCUGGAGCAAGAAGCCAAUAGAAGCCUUAGUGCCUGAAAGGUCACUGCCACUGAGAUGAGAUGACUGAAAGAGUUUCCCUGAUGUGUAUAUACAGUAAUGUAACCUGUACAUAUGUAAAAUAAAAUUGGCCACAGCAAGUUUGCUUGGAAUAGCAGCACUGUAUUCUCAGAUCAUGAGAGCAACAAAUAGUUUUGCUUGGACUGACUGUUAAUCACUUAACACAUCCGAGGAAAAUUUAUUCUUAACACUGACUGGCGGCUGACCUAAGAGAUUUCUCUAAUAUUUUCUUUCCUUUAACAAAACUUUAUUAUUACAAAGUUUAUUGAAAUAGUUUCAUGUUUUAUGAAGAAGCCAGGGUUUCAUAUUUGUAUAGGUAAAUGAUAAAGAGGGCAGCAGAUUGGCUUUCAGGUACUAAAUACCUUAACCUAUGGCACUGGUUGACUGGACUUCUCUGUAUGGUACUGGCAUGGUACGGAGACGUUUUAUAUUUGUUCAUCAAAAUCUGUGUAACUUCAUUAAUAGAGUUUUUAAAUGCAACUUUGUUUCAUUUUCUUUUGUAAAGGUGUAGUUUUUUACAGUAAAGCGAUCA